GGAAAUUAACUGUGUUUCUUAAGCUCCUUCUGUUUCAUGUUGAAACACAGAUCCACCUUCAAAACACUGUUUAAGAGGAAGUCAAGUCUUCAGCUAUUGCAACUGGGACUGACAAAGAGAAAGGCACUGAACAAUGAAUGAAAGUCACCAGCAGAGUGCAGCAACGAUGCCGAAUCAGACGUCUCACAAUCACCCCGAGUGUCCAAGUUCCAGCCACAGUCCAAAUCUCAUCCCAACGCUUUACUUUCUGAUGUUCCCCAUCGCCUUGUUGCUGAACAGCGUGGCAGCCUGGGUGUCCGUCCACCUGAAAGCCACGUCCACCUUUGUGGUGUACCUGAAAAACCUUGUAGCUGCUGAUUUGAUCAUGACUCUGACCUUGCCAAUUGAAGCUGCCAAUGAAUUGGCCGGUAAAUCCACCACACUGUAUGCGCUUACAUGCCGUUACUUCAGCGUCAUUUUCUACAGCACGCUGUCCACGUGCAUUGCUUUCUUGGGAUUUAUCGGCCUGGAUCGCUUCUUUAAGAUUAUGCUGCCACGCAGCAGAUUGUUCGGGCAAAAUCUGAUCUUCAGCAAAGUCACGUCAGCUCUGAUCUGGAUCAUGAUGUUUGGCUGCACAGGUUUACCAAAUGUUAUUUUCACUAACCAACCAGUAACCAAUCUUACAGCGAUCACCUCCUGCAUGCAUCUGAAAGGACCCGUCGGGCUUUUGUUUCAUGAAAAGACAGUCCUGUUUGCCAACGUGUUUUUCUGGGUGGUCAGUGUGGUCAUUGUGGUUUGUUACAUUUGUAUCGCAAACAAAGUCAUCCAGUCUUUUCGCAACUCUGGCAGCAUUAACAACCAGGGAAAUCAAAAGGUCAAACUGCGUGUUUUCAUGGUCAUCAUCGUGUUCUUCGUGUCAUAUGGACCGUACCACAUCGUGAGAAUCCCAUACACCUUCAUUCAACUCAGCGACUCCUCUGACGACUGCUCUUUUGAGGCACACAAGUUCGCCAAGGAGCUCAGCCUCUGGCUGGCCACCACGAACAUCUGCAUGGACCCGCUGCUUUAUGUGUUCCUGUGCCGAGAGUUCAAAGAGAAACUAAUGUUGAUGACGGAAAAAGUUUCCAUCUACUUGAAAAUAGUUCCUGCCAACAAGGAGGGGAGCAGGUCACCACAGUGCAAACUCUGACCGAGGCUUCAAAACAGAAUCGUUUCCACUUUGGUUUUGUAAAGUCAAUAUCAUGUUUUUAAGUAUUUAUUUUUUUUGUGACAGUGAGUUUUCAAACCCAGGUUAGAUUUUCUGUUUUGUAUUUCAAAAUGUAGCUUUACGAAGCUCAAAAACCAUUCUCAGGAAAUACAGUGAGGAUGGAUGUUAUAAACGGCAUGCUGCAUGAGAGGUGACUUGAAGUUCUAAAAAUAUCUACAAUGCAGUUGUAGAAGUUUGCACUAAGCAAACAAGGUCAUUUAAAUGAAACUUCCAUGCAAAAAUACGUCAAGUCAAAGCUUGUUGACAUUUGCAUUUGACAUUAAACAUACUGAUGUGUGUGGUGAAAGUUAAAAGGGGCAUGCCAAUAUAGGUGCUCUGCAGCUGGGUUGUGGGUAGUGUCUUUGGUUUGUGGUGUGCUGAUCAGUACCGAAAGUGUGUUUAUUAUGUUAAAAAAUAAAGCAGCCAUGUAACAAUAAGCUAGGUUUGACUUUUCAUUAGAACUGAUGAAGCUUUUUUAACUUUAGUGAUCAGCUAUUCCAAGAAAAACCUCCAAUGAACACAUUUUCUGCCUCAGGUGUAUCUAAGAACUUUGUAUAUAUGACUUAAAUUAAAAUCAGCAUUAUUCAACAUUAUUACCUAAAAGUGACUGUUUUGAAAAAUAUUCUGAAAAGAUUCUGAGCAAAACAACAAGUCCAUUGGGGUUUGUCGCAGAAAACACACGCUUGAGAUUCCUCUGUCAUGAUCACUGGCUCACAUCCUAAUAAAAUCACACAGGAAGUCAUGAUGCUGUGUUCUCAGUAUAUGUGCUAUUUUGAUCAAGAAGCCACAAAAGGGAAUAUAAUUCCAUGAAGAAAAGUCACAUAUAACUCAAGUGGAUUCUAACACGGCUGUUGUCAUUAUUUGAGCAAUCAUGCAAAAACAGCGAACGUGCACAAAUUCAGACACACAAUUUUAGAUUAUACUUUGCAUAAUUUUCUUGCAAGUACAUUUCCUGUUAU